CACACAGACCGGGGCGAUCUCCGCUCAUAGCUCUGUAUUGGGGGGAGAGAAGAAGAGAAAUGUCUGCACCGGACAUGGAGAGUCUCCGCAUGUCGGGGUCGGGGAAGGCCAUCGCUGUGCUGACCAGCGGGGGAGAUGCACAAGGAAUGAAUGCUGCAGUUCGUGCUGUUACUCGAAUGGGUAUUUAUGUUGGCGCUAAAGUUUUUCAUGUACAUGAGGGUUAUGAAGGAUUGGUUGAAGGAGGCGAUUGUAUCAAACCAGCAAACUGGCUAAGUGUAUCAAAUAUAAUCCAGGUGGGUGGAACCAUUAUUGGCAGUGCCAGAUGCAAAGCGUUUACCACUCACGAAGGUCGUCUGGCGGCAGCCUAUAACCUUGUGGAGCAUGGCAUUACAAACUUGUGUGUCAUUGGCGGUGAUGGCAGUUUAACAGGGGCAAAUAUUUUUCGAAAGGAGUGGAGUGGUCUGCUUGAGGAACUUGUUAAAGAAGAAAAAAUAACUGAAGAUGUUGCUGCUAAGUAUUCUCAUUUGAAUAUUGUUGGUCUUGUUGGCUCAAUUGACAAUGACUUCUGUGGUACAGAUAUGACCAUUGGAACCGAUUCAGCAUUGCACAGAAUUAUGGAAGUAAUUGAUGCAAUCACUACUACUGCUCAAAGCCAUCAACGGACAUUUGUGCUAGAAGUGAUGGGACGGCAUUGUGGGUAUCUAGCCUUAGUAUCUGCAUUGGCAUCUGGAGCCGACUGGCUUUUCAUUCCAGAGUGUCCUCCUGAUGAUGGAUGGGAGGAUGUCAUGUGUUCUAGACUUGGAGAGACUCGAAGUCGAGGUUCAAGGUUAAAUAUAGUUAUCAUUGCAGAAGGAGCUAUUGAUCGCAGUGGGAAACCGAUUACCUCUAAUUUUGUAAAAAAUCUGGUUGUAGAGCGCCUCGGAUUUGAUACCAGAAUCACAGUUCUCGGACAUGUACAACGUGGAGGAACUCCAUCAGCAUUUGAUCGUGUCUUGAGCAGUAAAAUGGGUAUGGAAGCAGUUAUUGCAUUGAUGGAAGCAACACCUAAAACACCAGCCUGUGUCGUAAGCCUAUCUGGUAACCAGUCUGUACGACUACCAUUGAUGGAGUGUGUACAAGUGACAAAGGAUGUACAAAAAGCUAUGGAGGAGAAGAAAUUUGAUGAAGCAAUUCAGUUAAGGGGAAGGAGCUUUGAAAGUAACUGGAACAUUUACAAGCUUCUUGCACACCGAAAAUCAUCAGAAGAGAAGAGUAACUUUUGUAUGGCAAUUCUGAAUGUUGGCGCACCAGCCGCAGGCAUGAAUGCAGCUGUUCGGUCCGCUGUAAGAAUUGGAAUUUCUCAAGGUCACAAAGUCUUCAUGGUGUCUGAUGGGUUUGAAGGGCUUUCGACUGGACAGGUUACAGAAGUUGACUGGCAUGAUGUUGCUGGAUGGUUAGGACGUGGUGGUUCAAUGCUAGGAACAAAAAGAACAAUUCCAAAGACCUGUUUACCCAAGAUUGUAGAAAACAUUAGAAAAUAUAACAUCCAGGCUCUUUUGGUUAUUGGAGGGUUUGAGGCAUAUGAAGGAGUGUUACAGCUUGUUGAGGCACGGGAACAAUAUGAGGAACUUUGUAUAAUUAUGUGUGUCAUUCCUGCAACUAUCAGCAACAAUGUUCCUGGCACUGACUUUAGUAUUGGCUCAGAUACAGCUGUCAAUGCAGCCAUGGAGAGCUGUGACCGCAUUAAACAAUCUGCUUCUGGAACAAAGAGGCGUGUGUUCAUUGUAGAAACUAUGGGUGGAUAUUGUGGCUACCUUGCUACAGUUACAGGAAUAGCUGUUGGUGCUGAUGCUGCUUAUGUGUAUGAGGAUAAGUUUAACAUCCAUGAUCUUAAGUCAAAUGUGGACCACUUGACUGACAAAAUGAAGACUGAUAUUCAAAGAGGGCUUGUGCUGAGGAAUGAAAAAUGCCAUGACUACUACACCACAGAAUUUCUGUAUAAUCUCUACUCAGCUGAAGGAAAGGGGAUUUUUGACUGUCGAACCAAUGUGCUUGGACACCUACAGCAAGGUGGUUCGCCUACCCCUUUUGAUCGCAAUUAUGGAACAAAACUUGGAGUCAAGGCUGUACUAUGGAUUUCUGAAAAACUAAGAGAUUCUUAUCGCAGAGGUCGUAUAUUUGCUAAUUCCCCGGAUACUGCUUGUGUAAUUGGUCUCAACAAGAAAGUUGUCGCCUUCACAUCUGUAUGUGACUUAAAAAAAGUUACCGAUUUUGAACACAGAAUGCCAAAGGAACAGUGGUGGCUGAAAUUGCGCUUGAUGCUGAAGAUGCUAGCGAACUACCAAAUCAGCCUAACAGAAUAUGUUGCAGGAAAGAUUGAACAUGUUACACGCAGGACUCUAAGCAUAGAAAAGGGCUUUUAAUACACCAUUAAUAGGGAUUUCUGUUCAUCUUCAGCAACAUCGAUAUUUUAAGAAUUCAACACGAAAUAAAACGUGUAUCUCUGUAACAUUGGAAACCAUAAUUUGACAAAUUGUGAAGAAAGUGUGCGAGGUUGCCGUGUUCUAGGUACUUUAUCCAUAUACACAACA